AUGUCCUCACCCCUUGUCGAAGGAGAGCUCGUCGGAUACCUCUCCUUCUUCGAGCUUGAUGGUUUCUUGCGGUGGAACUACUGUCUGUGGCCCUCUCGACCUUGGGACGAUCUUCGGUGGCGAGCUCCGAUGUGGAAAGUGGGAGACACGUACUUUGUGCUGCCAGGACGCGACGGAUGGCCAGUGGACAUUUGCCUUCGCAUGAAGACGGGCGGCCCUACUGCCUGGCAGCUUUUUGCAGUUGCCAUCGUGUUCGACAAUGACGAGACCGUGGUUGCCAAUGCUGAGCUUAGAGCAGCUCCACUGAUGCACACAGCCCGCAAAGGAAUCAUCGUCGCCGCUCGCCGCAUCUCGAUUUCGAGCCGCUUCACCAACGAAAGCGCUGUUGUCGGAACGGGCAUCGAGACUUUCUUCAGCAACCCCAAAAUAACCGGCACUAGCAACCUGGUGGGUGCUGCGCGCAAGAAGUUGACGUAG